AUGGAUCGCACACUACUUACCAUCCCCAAACUUACUAGUCAUAAUUACCAUGACUGGAAAUUUGCCGUCAGCAUGGCAUUGCGCAUCAGGGAUUGUUGGGAUGUUAUAGCCAAUGGAUCCGAGAAGAAACCGGCCGGCGACGCACUCACGGAAUGGACAAAGAAAGCAAAUGAUGCGCUUACCAUCAUCGCUCUCACGGUGGACCCGAGCCAGUACACCUACAUCCGAGAUUGCACCGAUGGAGUAACCGCAUGGCAGAGGCUCAAGGACAUCUACGAGAAGAAUUCUCGUGCAACCCGAAUCUCCCUCAAGCGCCAAUUCUACGGCUUCGAGCACGAUAUAAAUAUGCCAAUGCAGGAUUAUGUAAAUGGCAUUACAGAUUUAGCCGCCAAGCUCAACGCGAUCGGAGUUACCCUAAAUGAUGAAGAUAUCACCGACGUCCUUAUCUUCAAUCUCGACAAGGAAUAUUCGAGCAUCGCCGCAUCCUUAUCAGCUGGCAAAACAGAUCUCAAAGUCGGAGAAGUUGUUAGCACCCUUCUCGAGGAAGAACAACGGAAAGGGGGAGCACCCGAUGUAGUUACCGCCCUUUACAGCAACGGCAUCAAUAACAAUGGCCGAGGACCGCCGGGCCGACGCGGACCGAAUCGUGAUCGACGCGAAGGAAUCAUCGAAAUGCGCACAUGUUACCUAUGCGGAUACAAGGGACACAUUCUCAAGGAUUGCCGCGCCACGAAAACCAAAGAUGGAAAGGCUAUUACCACCAAAAUGACUAUUGCCGCCCUCGAAAGAAUCAAGCAAGAACAAGAAAUCGCCAAGUCGAACUAUGUAUCCGAAAUCGGCGAGACCCUGAAUGAAUUCGCGUAUUGA